UAAGAAUUUGUGCAUAUUUUUGGAUCAAGUAAUUUUCAAUUUCAUUUCGACUGUUGGGUUCGGAUCGCAUUUUGAAAAGCUCUGCUUCGACCGUUCGACUCCUGGCCUUUCAAUUAGGACCUCUGAAAUAACAUUUUCUUCUAUAAACAGUAAACACCGAAUAAAAAGAUUAAACAAAACUCCUAGUAAAACGGUAACAGGAACAGCAGUGCAAGCGGGGAGUCCCUAAUUAUUAUCCCAAAAUUUAAACAACGAAAACAUUUUGAUAAAAUCCCUGUCUGUCUUUCUCUCUCUCAUCCCAUUCUUUUUCUCUCCCUUUUCCUUCCUCCUCUCAGUCACUCCCUCCGCUGAUUUCGUAACGGUCCACCGUCGCUUUUCGGCGGAGGUUUCCAAUCGCCAGCUUUUCUUUCAACAUUUUCCUUAUUUUAAUCAUCGCCGAAUAUAAUCUGCCAAAGCAAAACAAAAUGAUUGGGAGCUUUCUUACCAGAGGAUUAGUGAUGAUUUUCGGAUAUGUAUAUCCGGCUUAUGAGUGUUUUAAAACACUGGAGAGGAAUAAACCAGACAUUGAGCAGCUCCGCUUCUGGUGUCAAUACUGGAUUUUAGUAGCUGUUAUGACCGUCAUGGAGAGGGUUAGUGAUGCCUUCGUUUCAUGGGUUCCAAUGUACAGUGAGGCUAAACUGGCCUUCAUUAUAUACUUGUGGUAUCCUAGGACAAAGGGAACAACAUAUGUUUAUGAUUCCUUCUUUAAACCAUAUGUUUCAAAACAUGAGACUGAAAUUGAUCGCAACUUGCUUGAGUUAAGGACAAGGGCUGGGGAUAUGGCUUUCAUGUAUUGCCAGAAGGCAGCUAGCUACGGUCAGACAAGAAUUUUUGAGGUUUUGCAGUAUGUUGCAGCGCAAUCUACCCCAAGACCUCGGCCCACACAGCCACAACAGGCUACAAGAACCCGGCAACCUCCUAGUAACCCACCUGCAUCAGCUACUGCUGCUGCUGCUGUCACUGCAGCAGCUGCUGCCACUGCAGCUUCUGCUGCCACUGCUGUUGCUCCUGCUGCCGCUCUAGUCCAACCAGCUACGAAAGUGCAAUCUACUACACAGGUGCAUGAUGAACAGCCUCUCUCUCCUACUUCAAGCACAUCUUCCAGUCGAGAACUAGAGACGGAAGAGGAGCUUAGUUCUAGCAAAGACAUAUCUUCUACUCCUGCUCCUCCUUCACCGGCUCAAAUGAAUCCAAAAAAGUCUCUGUCAUUGCCUCAUGGACCCGAGAGCUCUAGCCAAUCAGUAACAAACAAUGCAGAAGCCAAGCAGAUCAUAAAAGUUCCCUCCAAAGCUGAAAAAUCACCAGCAAAGGGUCCACCAUCUCCAGAAGAGACCGUUAUGGAAGAAACUAUUCGGGUCACCAGAGGGAGAUUGAGGAAGACCAGGUCUACUGUAACUAAAUAAAGCAACUUUUCCCACAGUUCAUUUCUCCUCAUUUUAAAUGUGAGUAAUGUAGCUGUAGGUUGGAUAUGCACUGUGUAUUGGUUUGAUCUGAAAGUUAUAAAGAUGGAAAAACUGUGGGGGGUUGAUGUGUGUAUAUUUGUUACUUGCCUUUUUUCUAAAGGAAAAUUCAAUUCGUUGCUUUAUUUGUUAUUGAUCCCAUUAUGGAAGGUAUAGCGAUAAGGUUACCAUUUAUCUGGCGUUACGAUCAAUUUGUUACAUUAAAGUCACCUAAAAGGUUACAAGUUGAUAAAAGUUGACCAUUUU